ACUCACACGCCAUAGAAAGACAGCCAAAGAAAUCAUGGCCGUGUAUUUUCUCUCUCUUCUUCUCCUCCUCCUCCUCCACAUCUCAGCCUCCUCGGCUCAACCAUCCCGCAACCUCUCAUCCUCCUUCUCUCCCUCUGAUUCUCCAUGGACUCCCAACCAGAAUAUCAUCCUCCUAUCACCCAACGCCAUCUUCGCCGCCGGUUUCCGAUCCUUAUCCACCAAUUCAAUGAACUACACAUUCUCCAUCUGGUUCCACAACAUCUCCGGUUCAAAUGUUUGGUCAGCCAAUGAUGACUCGCCAGUAAGCAGCUCUGCAACUCUGCUCUUCUCAAACUCCGGCGAACUCCGUCUCACCGACGGGAAUUCUUCCGGGAGAAAUCUCUGGCCUUCUGCACCAACUGUAAACGCAAACGCAACCCUUGUCCUCGAUAACGACGGAAGUUUGGUUUUGGGAAAAUGGUCGAGUUUCCUUUUCCCAACUGAUACGAUUCUUCCGAAUCAGACUAUAAACGGGACUACUCCUUUAGUUUCCGCGGAUGGUCGAUAUUCGUUUGUGAAUUCAACCGCUCUAGUUUUGAAUGGAAACCGGAGUUAUUGGUCGGCUGGAAAUGCUUUAAUGAAGCUACAAGACGACGGAAGAAUCUUGCAGGCAAACGGGGCAUCAAUGGUGUCGUCGGACUUGGGCGAUCGUUCGACUCUAAGGAAGUUACGGCUCGGAGAGGAUGGGAAUCUUAUGUUACUUAGUUACGAUUUUAAUCAAUCUAAGUGGGUCGUUACAUGGCAAGCGAUUCAAGAACAUUGCACGAUUCCGGGUAAGUGUGGUACCAAUUAUAUAUGUAUGUUUGACGGGUUAAACCCGACUUAUUGCGUAUGCCCGGCCGCGUUUCGGGUUGUUUCGGACGGUCGUGGCGGUGAGACAUGUCAAUUGAAGACGGAGAUAAAGAGAUUGGAUAGGAGUAAGUUUCUUCGAUUUGACUACGUUAGUUAUUCGGGAGGAUUGGAUCAAACGAACCUUCUUGCUCCGAAUUUUACCACUUGUCGAGCGUGGUGCUUAAACAACUCUACGUGCCUCGGUUUUGGUUUCAAGUACGACGGGAAUAACUAUUGCGUUCUUCAACUCGGGAGAUUACUUUACGGGUAUUGGUCACCAGGGACGGAAAUGUCGACAUUUUUACGAGUCGAUGAGUCCGAAUUGGAUCAUUCAAAUUUCACGGGUAUGACUAGUCGGAUCGAAACGACAUGCCCGAUUCGAAUCGGACUGCCUUUACCUCCGGCCGGGUCUAAUUCCGCCACGCGGAAUAUCGCGAUAAUUUGCACCCUUUUCGUGGCGGAAUUGAUUAGCGGGGUUGUUUUCUUUUGGGCAUUCUUGAAGAAGUAUAUCAAGUAUCGGGAUAUGGCCCGCACCCUUGGGCUUGAGCUUAUGCCGACGGGCGGGCCUAAGCGGUUCAGCUACGCAGAGUUGAAAACGGCGACCAACAAUUUCUCGAACAUAGUCGGAAAAGGCGGGUUCGGCGAUGUUUACCUUGGCGAGUUGAGUGAUCAUCGGGUGAUCGCGGUUAAGUGCCUUAAGAAUGUUUCCGGGGGCGACCCUGAGUUUUGGGCGGAAGUAACUAUCAUUGCUCGAAUGCACCAUCUCAAUUUGGUGAGGUUGUGGGGAUUUUGUGCUGAGAAAGGACAAAGGAUGUUGGUGUAUGAGUUCGUCCCGAAUGGUUCCCUCGACAAAUUCCUAUUCCCAGCUUCUAUAGUUGGAAGUGGGGAAUCCAAGCCGUUAUUGGACUGGAACAUUCGAUAUCGAAUCGCGUUAGGAGUGGCGAGAGCCAUAUCAUACUUACACGAGGAGUGUCUCGAGUGGGUUCUACACUGUGAUAUCAAGCCCGAGAACAUUCUCCUAGGGGAUGAUUUUUGCCCGAAGCUAUCGGAUUUCGGGUUGGCAAAGUUGAGGAAGAAAGAGGACGUGGUGAGCAUGUCACGCCUUCGUGGGACACGGGGGUACAUGGCGCCCGAAUGGUUGAGAUCGGAUCCGAUUUCACCAAAGGCAGAUGUGUACAGUUUUGGGAUGGUGUUGUUGGAGAUUGUGAGUGGAAGAAGAAACAAUGUGAUGCAAGCAUCGAAGAUGGAGAGUGCGGAUUGGUACUUUCCCAAAUGGGCGUUCGAGAAAGCGUUUAAGGAGAUGAGAGUUGAGGAUCUUUUGGACGAGAGAAUAAUGGAAUCUUACGAUAGUAGGGCGCAUUUUGAGAUGGUGAAUCGGAUGGUGAAAACGGCAAUGUGGUGUUUGCAAGACCGGCCAGAAGCGAGACCUUCAAUGGGGAAGGUUGCCAAGAUGCUCGAAGGGACGGUGGAGAUCAUGGAACCGAAGAAGCCCACCAUUUUCUACUUGGGACAAGAUUAGAAUUGUACUAUUUCAAAUGUAAUCUUAUUAAUAGUAUGUGUAAUUAUUGGUUCAUAAUUAAAUGUUUUGUGUAAA